AUGCGGUCCCUCGUGGGCAUGUUCGACGAGCUGAUCCAACCAAUCUCCUGCUACAUCCCAGAAACAGAGGAGAUAUGCGGGAUCAGCCGCAUCACCGGCAUUCACCUCUACCUCCUCGUCUGUCUGAAUGUGGUGCUCGAUCUCCUGAUGGGCUGCACCAGCGGCGGCGUGCGCGUGAAGGAUGCCGACAACACGAAGAUGAUGCACUUUCGCACGCUGGACUGGGGCAUGGAUCCUCUACGGGACCUGAUCGUUCAGCUGGACUUUGUGGGCGACUCAAAUCCCGACAAAGUAAUCGCCAGCAGCAUUACGUAUGUUGGGUUUGUGGGGAUGCUUACCGGCGUGCGGCAGGAUCUCAGCGCAUCGCUGAAUUUCCGGCCGGUACAUGACUCCAGCCGGAACGUGGCGUUCUAUUUUAACCACGUCUUGCACCAUCCUGGUUCGCAAACUUUGACGCUAGAUCAGAUCGUCGCCAACAUCCCCUCCAUACCCACCACAGUCGCGUAUCUCAUCUUCAGCGACGGCUCCUCCGCAGUAACAAUGGAGAAAGACCACCGGAGAGCGGUAGUGCGCUCCUCAAAGUCAUUCAUAGUUGUCACAAACCAUGACCAGCAACUAACCUCAACGCCAACCGAGAUUGUCGUCGAAGAAAACAACGCACGCUGGAGCUGCAUGCAGGCGAAAUGGGACCAUAAGAUACGCGAGAAUGUACAAGCCCGGUUCGAUGCGGAAAAGGAAAUAGAAUUCGCGCAAAGAGAUCAUCCAGUUCCGCCGCAGGGGACUCGGUCAUCGCUACGGUUGCGACAGAAGCAGAGGCAGAGCCAGGAGGAGGAGCGCGAUAAAACCCGUGCAGAAUCCCAAGCCUCGCUGCUUGCAUCGUCCAAGCACCUUCGCCUGGCUAUCACAAAGAAGGAGGCUAUUCGGUGGCUCAAGACAUAUCCUACUGCGAACGAGUUCACGCAUUAUGCUGCUCUUUUGGAUUCGGCUGCGGGGAAUAUCUUUUGGGUUGAACGGUACGACCCAGCUCUUGAUGAAACAGAUCUUGAAAAUGAG